ACAUUAAAAAUAAAUUUAUUUAAAAUAAUUAUAUUUUUUUUAAUUUCAAUUGAAAUAUUCAAUAUCAAAUACUUUAAAUUAAAAAUUGAUUAUUUUUAAUUUUGACUAUUAAUGUACCUAACUAUAUUGUAUUAAAUAUACCUAUCUGUAUUGUAUUAAAUCGUAGAUUAUAGAAAAUGCAUGAAAAAUAACCUUAAAAUUAAUAAAUAUGUUUAUUGUAUGUUAAACUACUUGAUAUUACAUUUGUAUAAUAUAAAUAUAUGAUGAUUCCUAAGUUAAAUUCGCAACAACAAAAUAUUGAAGAUCCCGUAGAAGAGAUGUUAAAAAAAACUGGUUGUAUGGAAUUUCAUUAUGAAGUUCAAGAGUGUAUAGCAGAAACUCAAGAUUGGAGAAAAUGUCAAGAACAAGUAAAAAGAUUCAAAGUAUGUAUGGAUAAAUAUCAAAGAAAAAGAGAAGAAUCUUAUUCAAAUGAAUAAACAUGUCAAUAAUGCAUUAUAUAAAAUGUAUGUUUAUUAAUCCUAUUAUAUAUUCAAAAAAUGAACAAUAUAAAAUGGUAAUAGUUGUCCGAUCAGAUAUAUUUAUGGGAAAGGGAAAAACUGCAGCUCAAUGUGCUCAUGCAGCAGUAGAAUGUUGUCAUCAAGUAUCACUUAAUGCAAACUAUCAACAAAUAUAUAAAUCUUGGUUAUUACAAGGCCAAUCUAAAAUUGUGUUAAAAAUUUCUAGUGAAGAAGAAUUAUUAUCAUUAGCUAAAAAUGCUCGUAAAGCUGGUUUAAUUACUUCUAUAAUAAAAGAUGCAGGUAAAACUCAAUUGCAACCUGGAACAAUAUCUACAUUAGGGAUUGGACCAGGUCCAAAACAAUUAAUAAAUAACCUUACUUUGAACUUAAAAUUAUUGUAGUAGUAUGAAAGUAUUAGUAUGUAAUAGUAGUAUGAAAAUAUAAAAGUAGAAGAAAAUAAUAGUAAGAAAGAAAAUAAUCAUAAUAAUAAAUUUUAAUGAAAUUUUAAUAAAAAGAACUAUUUGUGAAUAAUAUAUAAAUAAAUAAUUAAAUAAUUAAUAAA